CAGUGUUAGCCUUAGCCGUGCAGUGAGUGAGCCGUCGGUGUCGGCAGCAGAGAUGGCGUCCCUCCUGCAGCCAGAUAGAGUUGUCUAUCUGGUUCGUGGAGAGAAAAGGAUCAGAGCUCCGUUAUCUCAACUUUAUUUUUGCCGCUACUGUAGUGAGUUACGAUCUCUGGAAUGUGUGUCUCACGAGGUCGACUCCCACUAUUGCCCGAGCUGCCUGGAGAACAUGCCAUCUGCAGAAGCUAAGUUGAAAAAGAACAGGUGUGCCAACUGCUUUGACUGCCCAUGUUGCAUGCACACCCUGUCCACUCGGGCCACCAACAUCCCUGCUCCCCUGCCGGAUGAUCCUACUAAGACAGCCAUGAAGAAGGCCUACUAUCUAGCCUGUGGCUUCUGUCGCUGGACAUCUAGAGAUGUGGGAAUGGCUGACAAAUCAGUUGCUAGUGGUGGAUGGCAAGAACCGGAGAAUCCUCAUACUCAGAGGAUCAACAAGCUGAUCGAGUAUUACCAACAGCUGGCUCACCGAGAGAAGCAGGAGAGAGACAGGAAGAAGAUGGCCAGGAGACGACAGUGCAUGCCUCUGGCAUUCUCGCAACACACUAUUCAUGUGGUGGAAAAGUAUGGCCUUGGAACCAGGCUGCAGAGGCAGAGGCCCGGAGCUCCCAUAUCAAGCCUGGCUGGCCUUUCUCUUAAAGAAGGUGAGGACCAGAAGGAGAUCACCAUCGAACCCGCCCAGGCGCUGGAUGAAGUGGAGCCCCUGCCUGAGGACUGUUACACCGGGCCCAUCUGUUUACCUGAGGUGACAACUCUGCGGCAGCGUCUUCUGCAGCCAGACUUCCAGCCUGCCGGGGCGUCUCAGCUCCACCCCCGCCACAAACACCUCCUGAUGAAGCGCUCGCUGCGUUGCAGGAAAUGUGAGCACAACUUGAGCAAACCAGAGUUCAAUCCAACUUCAAUCAAGUUUAAAAUUCAGCUGGUGGCUGUGAGUUACAUCCCUGAAGUGAGAAUUAUGUCCAUUCCAAACCUCCGAUACAUGAAGGAGAGUCAAGUGCUGCUGACCCUGACCAACCCAGUGGAGAAUCUCACUCAUGUUACUCUGGUUGCUUGUGAAGAGGAAGAUCCAGAUGACAUCAACAGCACUGCUAAGGUUAUAGUUCCCAGUAAGGAGCUGGUGUUGGCAGGAAAAGAUGCUGCUGCUGAGUAUGAUGAACUGGCUGAACCUCAGGACUUCCAGGAUGACCCAGAUGUUGUUGCCUUCAGGAAAUCCAACAAGAUUGGUUUCUUCAUCAAAGUAAUCCCUCAGAAGGAGGAAGAUGUGGAUGUCACUGUUUCAUUCAAGAUCCGCCACGACUUCCGCAACCUUGCAGCUCCCAUCAGGCCUAGCGAGGAGGGAGCCGACACCACCGCUGAGCCCAUUUGGCUCACUCACCAUGUCGAGCUGAGGCUGGGGCCGCUCGCUCCCUGAACAUGACGAUAAUCUCAAACAGCCGCACAGUCCUGGAACAGGACACUGGCUGAGCAAAAUUCUUCAAACUGUGUUAAAAAAUGAAUUCAAAUGAGAUUUCUGAUUCUGCUUAUUGACACCUAGAGCAUAUUUAACACCACCCAUCAUGCAGCCUGUCUAGUUCUGUUAAGGUUACAGCGGCUGCAUGUAGCUCCGUGGUACUCAUCGAUAUCUAAGAGUAUGUUAGAACAUGGCCUGUUGCAGACUAACUGAAAAUAGCAUCAAGUUUCUGACAAUAACCACCUCCUCAUCAUCUUAAAAUGAAAACUAAAAACUUUAUUUAUACACGUAUUCCUUAUUAUGUUUUAUUCUGAAAACUUCUACAUAUUUGCUGUUGUUGGCAAAUACAAAAUGAUGUAUUACUUUGUUUUUCUUUUCUGAACUGCAAUGUAGUUUACAUUCACAGGAUUCAUAUUUAAGAUACUAUAAAUGUAUUGCUGUAAGCUGUACGCAUUACUUACUUUUAAGAGAGUAAGACAUGAGCAGAAUCAGAAAUCUGAAUCCAGAACAAUCCAGACAGUUCCCCCUCACCUCUGCGCUUACAGCUUAUCCUCUGCCGCAGACAGUAGUAUUGUAUUAACUCGCAUGCUACAACUCUAGUAAAUAUCACACGUGUUUUUUGGUUCUGUACUGUACUCUGUUCAACAAGGUCGAACCUGCCCAAACACAUUUUACUAUUGUCUGAGAUCACAGUAACUUUUAUUAGCACUAUGGACAGGAUGUGUAAGAAGCUCUGUAAAUUACAUUACAAGUAAAAAGUGUUGAUCCGUUUAAUGUGUUGAGACACUAUAGAAACUUUUCAAAGUGUGUCCUUUUGAUUUGUUGAUUUCACUGACUUCCCUGUCAGUGCGUAUGGUAAGCUGCUGUUGUCUGUUUUUUGUUUUUUUGUUUUUUUUUUCUUUUGGGUCUCCAGUGUGUAAACCUAGUGAACCAGAACCUUACAACACAGUUAAUCUUCUGUACUGGCUAAUAAAAUGAAAAUCAGUGAUACUGUAA